UGUCAUAGAGCAAGGACAAACAGUCAAGGAAGGAUUAGAGAGGUCUGCAACUUUAAAGCUAAAAGAUCUUUAUUUGGAUAAGUAGUUAGUAUUUUAUUUAUUUAUUUUUGGGGGUUUUUGAGAAUUGCAAAGGUGAGACUUUCAGGAACUGAUAGGAAAUCAUAAAGAAUUUGACAAAAAAGGACAGAUUAGAAGAGGUUAAGAGGUGGAAAGAAAACGUGACGAUGUCUUCGUUUGAGACCCAGAGCCAGUCUCCACCUCGCUGCGGCCCCCAGUUUCCAAGUUUGGGCCAGGAACCUCCGGAGCUCAGCAUGUACGGUGAAUGCUACUACCCUCCUCCCUCCCUGCCGAGUCCUCAGCGCACCACCCCUUCCUCGUACGAACUGGGCGACUAUGCAACCUCAUCUCCGAACCCAUACCUUUGGUUCAACAGCUCUGGGAUCAACUCCUCCUCGUACCUGUCUAGCAGCGGUCCGCCUGGUAAUCCAGGCCCACCAUUUGUCCCUCAGCACUAUGGCAUACAGAGACCCUACCUGGGACCAGCUGGACCUGGAGGUCCAGGAGGGGAACUGAGCUGGUUCUCACUUCCCUCACAGGAAGAUCUGAUGAAGCUGGUCAGACCCCCUUAUUCCUACUCUGCUCUAAUUGCCAUGGCGAUACACGGAGCUCCAGACAAGAGACUGACACUGAGCCAGAUAUACCAGUAUGUUGCCGAUAACUUUCCUUUCUACAACAAAAGUAAAGCCGGCUGGCAGAACUCCAUCAGACACAACCUGUCGCUCAACGAUUGCUUCAAGAAAGUACCAAGAGACGAGGAUGAUCCAGGUAAAGGCAACUACUGGACACUUGACCCCAACUGCGAGAAGAUGUUCGACAAUGGAAACUUCCGCCGCAAGAGGAAGAGAAAGUCUGACUCCCUCGCCAACGGAGACGGCGCCUCAGGGCCUCCGGAGUCAGGAGACAGCGAGCGGGGAAGCCCCAAACACCCUGCGCUUACCAUGUCCCCAACGCCGGACAGAAUCCCCUCCCCUUCUCUAUCGGGUCCCACGCCAUGCCUCAGCAGCUUCUUGUCUGAAAUGUCUACGGUUUCCACUGGAGCGACGAACGAGGUCGGCGGAGACGGGUUGAGCAGGCCGCUGCAGAUUAACCUCCCCUUAGACGGAACGCAUAGACCCACCCAGCCAGGAAGCUUUAGCAAUUACUCCCCAAACUCAGGUGUGUCAGAGUGGCUGCCACAGGUGCCAGCUCCCUCUGUGCUCACUUCCUCACCCUCCCACUCUUCUCUAGGUUACUCUAGCCCCAUUCUGAGCCAGUAUAACGGAUCCAGUGGGCAUUUCUACCCCUCUCUGAGCUCCACUGGAAUCAUCUAUCAUCGUGAGGGCACAGAGGUUUAAGGAGACGUUAAUUGGAAGGACGUUUAAAAUGCCUGGUUGUUAGUUUUGGCUCUGAGAAAAAAACAGAAAAAGAAAAAAAAAAGUUUUGCUGACAUAGACAGGUGAGGAUGCUGUAACACGUGACUGUAUCUCAGCAUGGCUCGGUUCCCACAGGAAAAGCUGAGUCAGGUGUAGCCGCCUUUCAUUGUCUAACCGUAAAAAAA